AAAGCCUAAGUUAAAUAAAAAAAUAUCACUAAACUAAGGAAAGGAAUUGAUUCUUUUUAGCUAACCUCAAGUUGUUUAUUUGAAUUUAAAUAACAAUAUUUGGUACACUAUUUUCUAUAGUUUUUAGUGUUAUGAGUAUUAAACAAUUUGAAUUUUCUUCAUUAAUGCAAAGAGAAUCAAGGAGUUAUAGUCCUUUAUUCUUGUCUUUGUGUAUUAGUUCAUCUCUAUUGUUUUUCUAUGUUUAUAUUUUCUCUCUCUUAGCUCAUAAAGAUUUCUGUUUUUGGGUGUUUUACAGCUAUGUAUACAUAGUGUUUAUGCUUAUUUAUUCAUUCCAAGAAAGUCACUUUGAAGUUCAAGAUCAUCCAUUUAUCAAAGAAAUAAGGUGUUUAUAUGUUGCUAAAGAAUCUCAUGGAGGACAAGCAGCUGAAUUUGAAUCAACCGUUUCUGACAGUACGACGAGUCUCUCCAACAGUGGCUUCUGGGAGAGAUGAGACAAAGAAAACUGACUAUUCUGUCCCCACCGUAACUCAUCCUCCUCGUUACAAAUCAGAACUGAAGUCAGGUCCAGUGAGGAACCCAGGGGCCGUACCUUUCCGCUGGGAACAGAGCCCUGGAAAACCCAAGUAUGAAAGUAAACGCCAAAUUCGUGCUUUGGAAAAACCACCUAUUGCCCCGAGACUUCCCCCAGGGAGGAAACUGAAAGAUAACCAGGAUUCUGAUAAAGCUCAUGAAAAUCAAAACAUUAGUGAGAGCCAAAUAGGAAAUGCUCAAGAUUCCGCACCAAGCUGUGUGAAUUUGGACGAAAAGGUGAAGAAGAUCGAGAGUAUUGACUGCUCAAAAGAUGUGAAACAGGAUAAGGGAAAACAUGAAUCAGAGGAUGUUGAUGAAGUAUAUAUGGCUGCCCUCAAUGAGCUUACAAGAACUGAAUCAUUCUUUCUGAAUUGCAGCAUAAGCGGCUUAAGUGGAUUAGACGAACCAGAAGCAAAACCAUCUGGUACUUCUUUAACAGAUCCACAAGCUAGAGAUUUCAUGAUUGAUCGGUUUCUGCCAGCAGCCAAGGCCAUGGCUUCAGAAAAGACUUUAGAAACGCCUCACUAUGCUCCAAGGAAGCAAUCAGCUGUUGAGGAGCAACCAAGACAACUCAAGAAGGUAGUAAAUGGGGAUAAACGGCCUCAACUUCGUUAUGGACCUAGUUUUGCUCUUCGUUAUUCCCAAUUUCAGGAUAAUGAUGAAGAAGAAAGUGAUGAUGAUAGUUGUUAUGAUGGAAAUCUACCUUAUAAAGUUUGUGGAUUAUUACCUCGUUUUUGCUUGAAAAGUUCAUUUUGUCUUAUGAAUCCUGUACCUGGAAUGAAUGCUAGAACCAGAGUACCCAUGUCUCCUGCCGGUAGAACACAGACUGGAUCAUCUUCUACCACCUCUUGUAGCGGAUCUGAGUAUGAGUCCAAAUCUGAGUCAACAUUGCAGAAGGAUAGCAGUGAUUGCUUUCAAGAAUUUUUCGAUUAUCAGAACAAUGCAGGCGAAGCUGAUUCAGCAGCUCCUCUGGCAGAGAAAACACUGCAUGUAGAUAUUGUGCAUAAGGUGGAAUCUCCAAUUAUGAAAUCAUGUUCACCUAAAGCAGAGAGACCAUUUAACCUACACGAUGAGGGUCAAGAUAUUCUUAAAAAGAUGACAGAACAAAAACCCUCGGUAGAUUCUUCACAUAGUUACUUUGCUAAGCCCGUGGAUGGUGGAGCUUCAAAGCCAAAUAUUCAAAAAGAAGUUUUCAACGCGCCAUCAUCAUCAGAAUAUUUUAAUAACGGAGGGGAAAUGAUGGCACUGAUGGCUUCUGGACAAGCUCAAGACCGUUACCAGGAUGCAGUCCCUUCAGCGAAGCCCAAAGCUGAUGUUAAACGAAGUAUCAGAAAGCAAACUGUACAAAAAGAGAAGUUAGAGAACUCACGCGUAGCACAUUCAAAUCUUCCUGCUCCCCCUCCUUUACCAAAAUCUCCAUCAGAUUCAUGGCUUUGCCGUACUUUGCCUUCACUUUCCACAAAAAAUCCGUCUUCAAGAUCAUAUGUUGGGACAGGAAUAAGUCCUAACAGCCAAUCUUGUAAGCCACUAUCUAGUGAUCCAAAGUGGGAAACAAUUGUCAAAACAGCAAAGAGACAUCACCAGCAUUUGAGAUAUACUGAGGAAAUGAUGGCAUUGCCCCCUAUACCAGAAGCUCAAUAGAAGACCAGCUUUUCUGAAGUCGUCUGGUUGUUUCCCAUGCUUUCCCACGUAAAUGAAAUACUUCUUGGGUAAAUCAAUCAAUACAACUGGUUGCAAGACGAUUGAUAACAUUUUCUGUCUGAUUUUACACUUUGUGUCGUCCGUUUAUGAUGGGUUUUGUACCCAAUUCAUAUUUUGUAAUUACACCACGGAAUAAAAGUUUGUAAAAAUAACAUAAAUCCCAACCUCAUUAGAAUUAUUUACACUCUCUCCCAAUUUCUCAA